CAGUUCCGCCUGCGCGCGCCCACUCCUCCGGCAGCGCGGAGCCCGUCGGAAGAGGAAGGAACAAAAGGUCCGAGGCUCGGCUCGGACGGGGCGGGACCUGGCGCUGGGUGCAGGAUAUAUUUGCCAGGCUGUUUCUGAGUGUGGAUUGUAACCUUUGGUAAGAAGAUGUCGUCCAUCUUGCCGUUCACGCCGCCAGUGGUGAAAAGACUUCUGGGAUGGAAAAAAUCAGCCAGUGGGUCUGGAGGAGCAGGUGGUGGAGAACAGAAUGGACAGGAAGAAAAGUGGUGUGAGAAAGCGGUGAAAAGUCUGGUGAAAAAGCUAAAGAAAACAGGACGAUUAGAUGAGCUUGAGAAAGCCAUCACCACUCAGAAUUGCAAUACUAAAUGUGUUACCAUACCAAGCACUUGCUCUGAAAUUUGGGGACUGAGUACACCAAACACGGUAGAUCAGUGGGAUACAACAGGCCUUUACAGCUUCUCUGAACAAACCAGGUCUCUUGAUGGUCGUCUUCAGGUUUCACAUCGGAAAGGGUUGCCACAUGUUAUAUAUUGUCGGUUAUGGCGCUGGCCGGACCUUCACAGUCACCAUGAGCUCAAGGCGAUUGAAAACUGCGAAUAUGCUUUUAAUCUGAAAAAAGAUGAAGUAUGUGUAAAUCCUUACCACUACCAGAGAGUUGAGACACCAGUUUUACCUCCAGUAUUAGUGCCUCGGCACACGGAGAUCCUGACAGAACUGCCACCUCUGGAUGACUAUACCCACUCCAUUCCAGAAAACACUAACUUCCCAGCAGGAAUUGAGCCACAGAGUAAUUAUAUCCCAGAAACGCCACCACCUGGAUAUAUCAGUGAAGAUGGAGAAACAAGUGAUCAACAGUUGAACCAAAGUAUGGACACAGGCUCCCCAGCUGAGCUGUCUCCUACCACUCUGUCGCCUGUCAAUCACAGCUUGGAUUUGCAGCCAGUGACUUACUCGGAACCUGCAUUUUGGUGUUCAAUAGCAUAUUAUGAACUAAACCAGAGGGUUGGAGAGACCUUCCACGCAUCCCAGCCCUCGCUUACUGUAGACGGCUUUACAGAUCCAUCAAACUCAGAGAGGUUCUGCUUAGGGCUGCUCUCCAAUGUUAACCGGAAUGCUACUGUAGAAAUGACAAGAAGGCAUAUAGGAAGGGGAGUGCGCUUGUAUUACAUAGGUGGGGAAGUGUUUGCUGAGUGCCUGAGUGACAGUGCGAUCUUUGUGCAGAGCCCCAACUGUAACCAGAGGUACGGCUGGCACCCUGCAACAGUGUGCAAAAUUCCACCAGGCUGUAACCUGAAGAUCUUCAACAACCAAGAAUUUGCUGCUCUUCUGGCUCAGUCUGUUAAUCAGGGUUUUGAAGCCGUUUAUCAGCUAACUCGAAUGUGCACCAUAAGAAUGAGUUUUGUGAAGGGGUGGGGAGCAGAAUACCGGAGGCAGACAGUAACAAGUACUCCUUGCUGGAUUGAACUUCAUCUGAAUGGCCCUCUGCAGUGGUUGGACAAAGUAUUAACUCAGAUGGGAUCCCCUUCGGUGCGAUGCUCAAGCAUGUCAUAAAGUCCAGCACCAGUCAAGUCCAUCAAAAGACUUCAUGUAACAACUCUUCUGUCAUAGUAUUUGUGUAUGAUCCCGUGGACUCCUUGCUAUCCAAAAAUUCCUGAGUGAAAACAGCACUUGAGGUCUCACCAGUUAAAGCACCUUGUGGAUUCUGUUUCCUAUGUUUGAAUAUUAGAUGGGAAAAUUAGUGUCUAGAAAUGCCCUCCCCUGAGGGGGAAGAGAAGACUUAAAGACUUAGUGAUGUCUUGCUGGGCAUAAGACAGUGUCCCACAGGUUAUUAAUAACAAUAGUAGUUAUGUGUACAGGUAAUGUAUGGAGACCCAGUAUUGCAGUACUAUGCUGUUUGGAUACAUUUUUAGUGUGCAUACCUGAGGUGUGUGUGUGUAUGCUGCUUCUUGGUCUAGGCAAGCCUUUAUAAAGUCACAGUACCUAAUCUGUUGUCCCCACUUCGCCAUUAUUUUUGUGUCUUUUUUAAUAUAUAAUAUAUAUAUAUAUAUUAAGAUUUUCAAAUUAUCAUUUAGAAGCAGAUUUUCCUUGUAGAAACUAAUUUUUCUGCCUUUUACCAAAAAUAAACAAACUUGGGGGAAGAAAAGCGGAUUAACUUGGAAAUCCUUGACCUUAAUGUAUCCAAUGGAUCUUAGCAAUCGUUCUUUCUGUGUGUGUUUAUUUCCUGCUGAAUUUUAUUAGAAGGAAACCUUACUGGAAGCUUCUGGACUCUUCAUCCCAUUUCUGUUCUGAUAUAACACAGUAUAGCAUGAUGUCAUUGUGGAAAACAGCUGCACUGGUGGCUGCUGGAGCAGUUAAUCCUGGGUCCAGUGAGGGUUUGGGGAGAGGAAGUCUUUUGUCUCAGAGCCAGACUUCAGCAGAUGAUAAUGGACUUGUGUAAGCUGUUGGUCUAUUGAUAACUGUCAUCUCCAAACAUGCACAGGUGGCGGUAUAAUUAUUUUCAGGGCUAUUCUAGAAUCACCUCAGUAUGUGUUUCCUUCUUCCAAAGCCAGUCUAAUAAUAAAGGAUCUUUCCAUAAAGGCA